AUGAAUCAAAUCGUGAGGUACCAUGGUUUCAUGUGUGUCUUCGGUUACAAGCCACCCCUGUUUGCGGCCUUGGAACCCGAGGUUGCAGUCCCAUCGGUCCACGCCCUAGUGCACCGCUGCCGUCGCAUCUGGGAGGCUGCCCGGCAGGUUCUGGUUCGGCAGCAGGACAGGGUCAAGGCAGCCACUGACCGCCGAAGGCAUCCCGCUCUAGCCUACCGUCCCGGUCAGAAGGUUCUGGCUCGGCAGCAGGACAGGGUGAAGGCAGCCACUGACCGCCGAAGGCGUCCCGCUCCAGCCUACCGUCCCGGUCAGAAGGUCUGGCUCUCGACCAAGGACCUCAACCUGCACGUUCCAAGUCGGAAAUUGGCUCCGAGGUUCGUGGGUCCGUUUCCCGUCUCCAAGGUCAUCAACCCAGCAGCGGUCCGUCUUAGGCUGCCCCGGUCCCUCCGGGUCCAUCCCACAUUUCACGUCAGCAAGGUGAAGCCGGUGGUGGACAGUGCCCUGAUGCCCCCCACAGUGCCGCCUCCUCCGCCCCGCAUGGUGGGGGGUGGUCCGGUGUACACGGUGGAGAAGAUCCUGGCUGUCCGGAAGCGAGGCCGGGGUCGCCAGUUUCUGGUGGAUUGGAAGGGAUACGGUCCGGAGGAGCGACAGUGGAUACCAGACCGCUUUAUUGUGGACAGGCCGCUCCUGACGGAUUUCUUUAGGUCUAGGGCUCCUGGACCGUCAGGAGUCGGUCCUUGAGGGGGGGGGUUCUGUCAUGUCUCGUCAAGCUUCCUGUUGUCUCGUGUGGGGUUCCGGUUUUAUUUUGAAAGACUAAUCUACCUCUCGUUCCAGACCUUCCUCUUCCUGCGGUGUCUGCCCCUCCCACACCUGUGUCUGCCUACUUUUCCCCAAUCGUUCCCACCUGUGCCUCUCCCUCCUCAUGUAUUUAUAGCCUGCAUUUCCCCUUGUCCUGUGCCUGUUUGUCAUGAGCCUUUACCUGCCAAGCAAGCUCUUUUAUUGCUCCAAGAAAUUAAAUCUUUAAGCUCUGCAUCUGAGUCCUGUCCUGUGUUCUGCC